GCUGGCUCGGCUGGCUGUAAACGCUAAUCAGUACAAGGCCUCGAAUACGAAUAUGACAGUGACAGAUUUACAUAACCUAUUGAUUUAAUAUUUUUUGAAUAACUUCUUUAGUUAUUAAAAGAAUAAAAGAAAUGAGUUUAAUAAGAAACGUGUUGUUACAAAAUUUAAAACUUCAACAAAAUGUAUCUCGAGGUAUACAGACCAGUGUAGUUUGCCACAAAACGCAGUCAGGAAAAUACAAGAUCACACCGAGAAGAGAUUUUCCGCUAACGUAUGAAAUGGCUAAUCCCCCCUGGCAAAUAGCUCACAGAAAAUCUUGGAACUCGUGGAAUACUUCAAAUGUUGAUGGUGGACUCAGACCUUCAGAAACAGCUGUAGAAGAUGUAUUUAUAAGAAAGUUUAUGGUAGGAACGUGGCAAGGACUCUUUGGUAGUGAAGUUAUAAUCAAAAGACAGCACAACAUUAUUAGAAUAGCAGGCAUAAUAUCACGACAAAUCACACCGAGAAAAAUGUAUUUUUUGAUAGGUUAUACGGAAGAAUUGCUGAGUUUUUGGCUGCAGUGUCCAGUGAAACUAGAAUUACAGACAGUGGCUGAUAAAAGGGAUGUUGUUUUUAAGUAUAUUUAAGAAUGUAGCUGGUAUAUCAUAAAUAAUAAUAAAUGUUUAAUAGUUUUAUAUAA